GUCAAGUGAGUGUUUUAAUAAUUGUAAAUAAAUAUGUGUAAAUAAUAAGAGUGUACAGUACUCGUGUAAAUAUUAAAUAUUAAUUUAUUUAUAAUAUGUGUGUUUUAAGAAAAAUAAGUUGGAAUUUAUUCGUAAGAAACCAAUAUAAAUAAUAGCUGAAAUGGCGUCUCCACCUCAAGACAAUGAAAAUAAUAUGAGUAAUAUUUUUAUGACGAAUUUAAAUAUUGCUUCAAUAGAAGCUAAAGAUGAAACGACCACGCAGACCGAAACUACAAAACAAGGAUUGUGUGCUAAAAAUCCAGUUUCUUAUAAGUUACCAGCUGGAAAUUUAAAAGAUAUUCCAGUAGAAGAAUUGCUUGGUUCAGUGACUACUUUUAACAAUGCUCAAGGAGGUACUGAACAAGCAUUAAGAACAAGUGCUAGAGUGAUAAAAAAAUUACAGCAAGACUCUUUAGUGAGUGUAAACAGCGAUAAAGAUAAGAAGGAUGUUAAAAUUGAUGAAAAACUUGAAAAUAAACCCAAACCCAAACUUCCAAAAGCAUCUUGGUCUCUCAUUGAAAAAAAUUUAUUUUUUGAAGCACUAAAUGAAUAUGGUAAAGAUUUUGAGUCUGUUACUCAAUAUAUAAGCAGUAAAAUGAAAAGACGUGGUGUGAGUGAUAAUUUAAUAAAAACUAGAGAACAAGUGCGACAUUUUUAUUAUAGAAACUGGAAUAAAAUAUCCAAAUUUAUUUCGUUUAAUACUGAAAUAAAAAAAGUGGCCCAAGAGUUGUAUCUUCUAAUUAAUUAUGGAGAAAUGAGAAAGAAAAUAUUUCUAAUAAAUGAGAAAACAGCAUUGAAAUUAGGUGAAUUAAUUUACCGUGGUUCAGUUCCACUUAGGAUGAAAGGAAAAACAUUCAGGAUUAAAACCCCUAUGUGCAAAGCUUUAAGGAAAUUAAAUGAAAUGGAAGAAUGGCAAGAAGAACUUAAGUUGCCAACGAGAGUUUUAGUUAUACUUCAACCAAGUAAUGUUGAAGCUUGGCAUCGAGUGCAGUCUGUUGCUCAUAAUCCACGAGUAACAGCAAUGAUACCAAUUCAAAGACGUCUUUCCAACCUAUUAUCAAUAUUGAAUGAGAGAUGGAAAACUUAUGACACAAAAUUAUUGCAAAAGUUGGUGGAUAUAGAUGAAUGCGUAAUUUCUAAUAAAAGUUUAUCAUCUCAAGAGUUAUUACAUUUUGGACCAAAGGCUGGUGUCCAUAUUAAUAAACCUAUUAUAAAUUUAAGUGAAUACAUCACUAGCAAUAGAAUUUGUUUGAACUCAUAUGAAGAGAGGCUGGGCAUCACAGAAAAAAGUGAAACCAUUUUUGCCCGCACCAUACAAAAUUUCAAAGGUGGUGGAGCAAAGAAAGGAACAAAGAGACAGAGAUCUGAUAGUGGAGGAGAUAAAAAAAAUUUAGAUACCAAUGAUAUUUCUAAUAAAAAAGCCAAAAUUGAAAAUGAAUCUCUAGAAGACAAAGCGAAUGAUGGUUUUGAUAUGAUUAGUCAAACAAUGCAAAAUGAUCAGAAUCUGUCACAAUUGGAAUUGAGUAAGGAUUUACAAGUGGCCCCUGGUAUUAAACUUGAUACUGCUGUUAAAGAUGAGUGCCCAGAAACAACUGAAAUCAAAGUUGAAACUAAUGUGAUUCUCAAUCAGAUGGAUCUGAAAAUUGAAAAAAUAUUUUCAAAUCAGAAAGAAAACAUUGCAGAGAAAAAUGUAGUAAUUACUAAUCAAAUGGAAGCUGGUAUUGACAAAACUUCAUUAUUAUCUAAUCAAAAAGAUGCUAAAGUUGAUAAAAAUAUCCCCGUUACAAACCAAAAGGCUGAAGUAAAAUCCAAAAUAAAAGAUAGGGUUAAAGUAAUACGUAAAAGACAAAGGAUUAUAAACAAUAAAAGCUUGGAUAAGGAAACAGAAACCAAAAUACAAGAUAUUUUCAAAUAUGGUUGGACUAUAGAAGAUGCAACAGAUGUUACAUUUGGGGAUUUAUAUUUAAUGUUUGGAUCAAAUUCCAAAUUACAACUUGAAUACUGGUGGGACAGCGUGAGUAAACCUGCUAUAGACGAGACUGAGUCUGUACUUAAAACAAUGAAAGAUGAUAUUCAACUGAAAGAUUCUACGCAAGGGGAAUUAAAAGAGCAAGAAAAAUCAUCCAAAGAUCAAAACGAAAACUUUCCAAGAAAAACAAAUGAUACCAUAAUUUCAGAUAUGCAUACGUUAUUACCACACAAAACAGAUAUUCCAAAAAAUUUGAAUGUGGUGUCAAGUGAACCAGAGCAAAUUGUUAAAACAACAGAACUUACAAGACGCUUAAAGCAAUUGCUGUUUUGUAUACAAACAAAUGAAAAAGCAAAGAGCACUUGCUUAUGUGGCCAUGUUUGUAAUAAUAAAUCUAAUCAGAAUUUAAUAAAUACAGAUUUUAAUAAUGAAUAUCAAACAACUAAUAAUGCUAUGCAAAGAUCUAUUCUUCCUAUUGUGAGAAAUAAUACUAUGUUUAGGCAACCAUUUCCUGUUACAUCACAAGCAGUUGAAGAUUUUGAAAAGCAAAUAAAUUCAAUUAUGAAGACAAAACCAAGGUGGAAUAAUAGGCAAAACAGGUUUAUUGGUAACAAACAAGUAGUUCAGAGAAUGCUUCCCUUAGUUCCAAAUUCAUCUACAAGCAAUUUUUCAAAUUAUUCUCAUUCAAAUUUGGGACAUCAAUCAAGAAUUGCAACGAGGCAAUUAAAUUUUGGGGCAGAUGCUGCUCAAAACUUUCCUAGAAAAAUAGAAUCAAAGGUGGUUGAAGAAGUUAAAAAACCCAUUUUACCAGCAAAUCCGUUUGCUAAAAGUAAUAUUCGACAUAGCAGUUUGAUAAAAAAUAAAACAUUGAAUAAACAAGUUUCUUGUACAGUUGUGAAAGAAAAUGACAAAACAGCUGAAACUAUAUUGAAUGAAUCUAAAAUAGUAGAAAAAAGUGUAACCAAGGAAGUAAUUUCUGAGUUGAUUGAUGAUAUUUCAAUAGGUUCCUCUACAAUAGCUGAAGCAAAAGCAUCUAUGAUAAGAAAUGAUAAUCUUGAUGAAAUUUUAAAUUCUAGUCCCACUCCUGAGACUUUUAAUACUUCUUGUGUUUUAAAUACUCCAGAAAAUACUUGGUUUAAUUCUGAAUUGCAUGAUUUUUCUUUAAGUAGUUUUUUGGGACAUUUAGAGAGUCCAAUAAAACCACAAGGAACAUCAUCAGAAGAUGCAAAGAUUUGUCAAGAUGUUGAUGUCAAUAUGCAGUCAUUAUUGAAUGAAAAUAGUGAAGAUUAUAUGGCUAAAUUUGCUGCUUUAGCUGCUCGAAUUUCAAAUGAAAAUUCGAAUAAGUAA